GGCCUGGCCCCAGCCCCGCCCGCGCUCUGGCCGCGCGCUCACACACCGAGCCCGAAGCGGCGGCCGCGCAGGUCGGACCCGCGCCGCAGCGGCCGGAGAUGCAGCGGGAAGCCGCGCUGUGCCUGCGCCUGUGGCUCUGCCUCGGACUGCUCGACGGCGAGCGCGGUCUGGCAAGUGGCUACUCCAUGACCCCUCCAACCCUAAACAUCACGGAGGAGACAUACAUCAUUGACUCCAGUGACAGCCUGUCCAUCUCCUGCAGGGGGCAGCACCCCCUCGAGUGGGCCUGGCCAGGGGCUCACGAGACACCAGCCACGGGGGAGAAGGACGGUGAGGACACAGGGGUUGUUCGGGACUGCGAGGGCACGGACACCAGGCCCUACUGCAAGGUGCUGCUGCUGCCUGAGGCCCACGCCAACAACACGGGCAGCUACCGUUGCUACUACAAGUACAUCAAAGCCCGCAUAGAGGGUACCACCGCGGCCAGCACCUACGUGUUCGUGAGAGACUUGGAGCAGCCGUUCAUCAACAAGCCAGACACGCUUCUAGUCAACAGGAAGGAUUCCAUGUGGGUGCCCUGCCUGGUGUCCAUCCCUGGCCUCAACGUCACGCUGCGAUCGCAAAACUCAGCACUGCGGCCUGAUGGGCAGGAGGUGGUGUGGGACGACCGCCGGGGUAUGCGGGUGCCCACACCACUGCUGCGUGAUGCCCUGUACCUGCAGUGUGAGACCACCUGGGGUGGCCAGGCCUUCCUGUCCAACCCGUUCCUCGUGCACAUCACAGGCAACGAGCUCUAUGACAUCCAGCUGUUCCCCAAGAAGUCGCUGGAGCUGCUGGUUGGGGAGAAGCUGGUCCUGAACUGCACUGUGUGGGCCGAGUUCAACUCGGGUGUCACCUUUGACUGGGACUAUCCAGGGAAGCAGGCAGAGCGGGGUAAGUGGGUGCCAGAGCGGCGCUCCCAGCAGACUCACACAGAGCUCUCCAGCAUCCUGACCAUCCACAACGUCAGCCAGCAUGACCUGGGCCCGUAUGUGUGCGAGGCCAACAACGGCAUCCAGCGAUUCCGAGAGAGCACUGAGGUCAUUGUGCAUGAAAAGCCCUUCAUCAGCGUCGAGUGGCUCAAGGGUCCUGUCCUGGAGGCCACCGCAGGAGAUGAGUUGGUGAAGCUGCCUGUGAAGCUAGCAGCGUACCCCCCGCCGGAGUUCCAAUGGUACAAGGACAGAAAGUCAGUGUCCGGGCGCCAUAGUCCACAUGCCCUGGUGCUCAAGGAGGUGACGGAGGCCAGUGCAGGCAUCUACACCCUCGCCCUGUGGAACUCUGCGGCCGGCCUGUGGCGCAACAUCAGCCUGGAGCUGGUGGUGAACGUGCCCCCCCACAUCCACGAGAAGGAGGCCUCCUCCCCCAGCACCUACUCCCGCCACAGCCGCCAGGCCCUCACCUGCACUGCCUAUGGGGUGCCCCCUCCUCUCAGCGUCCAGUGGCACUGGAGGCCAUGGACCCCCUGCAAGACCUUCACCCAGCGCAGCCUCAGCCGGCGGCAGCAGAGAGACCACAUGCCACAGUGCCGUGACUGGAGAGAGGUGACCACACAGGAUGCGGUGAACCCCAUUGAAAGUCUGGACACCUGGACCGAAUUUGUAGAGGGGAAGAAUAAGACGGUGAGCAAGCUGGUGAUCCAGGAUGCCAACGUGUCUGCCAUGUACAAGUGCAUGGUCUUCAACAAAGUGGGCCAGGACGAGCGGCUCAUCUACUUCUACGUGACCAACAUCCCUGACGGCUUCAGCAUAGUAUCCGAGCCAUCCGAAGAACCCCUAGAGGGCCAAGACGUGCGCCUGAGCUGCCGGGCGGACAACUACACCUACGAGCAUCUGCGUUGGUACCGCCUCAACCUGUCCACGCUGCACGAUGCGCACGGGAACCCACUGCUGCUCGACUGCAAGAACGUGCACCUCUUCGCUACGCCGCUGGCAGCCAGCCUGGAGGAGGCGGAGCCAGGGGCGCGCCACGCCACACUCAGCCUGACCAUCCCCCGCGUGGCUCCAGAGCACGAAGGCGACUACGUAUGCGAGGUGCAGGACCGUCGCAGCCACGACAAGCACUGCCACAAGAAGUACCUGUCAGUGCAGGCCCUGGAAGCCCCGCGGCUCACACAGAACUUGACCGAUCUCCUGGUGAAUGUGAGCGACUCUCUGGAGAUGCGGUGCCCCGUGGCAGGGGCGCAUGUGCCCAGCAUCUUGUGGUACAAAGACGAGAGGCUACUGGAGGAAGAGUCCGGAAUCUACCUGGCAGACUCCAACCAGAAACUGAGCAUACAGCGCGUGCGUGAGGAAGACGCGGGACGCUAUCUGUGCAGCGUGUGCAACGCCAAGGGCUGCGUCAAUUCCUCCGCCAGCGUGGCCGUGGAAGGCUCCGAAGAUAAAGGCAGCAUGGAGAUCGUGAUCCUUGUCGGCACCGGGGUCAUCGCUGUCUUCUUCUGGGUCCUUCUCCUCCUCAUCUUCUGUAACAUGAGGAGGCCAGCCCAUGCAGACAUCAAGACAGGCUACCUGUCCAUCAUCAUGGACCCUGGGGAGGUGCCUCUGGAGGAGCAGUGUGAAUACCUGUCCUAUGAUGCCAGCCAAUGGGAGUUCCCCCGGGAGCGGCUGCACCUCGGGAGAGUUCUUGGCCAUGGGGCCUUCGGGAAGGUGGUGGAAGCCUCGGCUUUUGGAAUCAACAAGGGCAGCAGCUGUGACACUGUGGCAGUGAAAAUGCUGAAAGAGGGCGCCACAGCUAGCGAGCACCGAGCCUUGAUGUCGGAGCUCAAGAUCCUAAUCCACAUUGGCAACCACCUCAACGUGGUCAACCUCCUGGGGGCGUGCACCAAGCCCAAUGGCCCCCUCAUGGUUAUCGUGGAGUUCUGCAAGUACGGCAAUCUCUCCAACUUCUUGCGUGCCAAGCGGGAGGCCUUCAACCCCUAUGCUGAGAAGUCCCCUGAGCAGCUAAGGCGCUUCCGCGCCAUGGUGGAAGGCGCCAAGGCUGACCGGAGGCCAGGAAGCAGCGACAGGGCCCUCCUCUCCAGGCUCCUGAUGGGCAAGGGCGGGGCAGGACGGGCCCCUCCGGUCCAAGAACCCCGGGACCUGUGGCUGAGCCCGCUGACCAUGGAAGACCUUGUCUGCUACAGCUUCCAGGUGGCCCGAGGGAUGGAGUUCCUCGCUUCACGCAAGUGUAUUCACAGAGACCUGGCUGCUCGGAACAUCUUGCUGUCAGAAAGUGAUGUGGUGAAGAUCUGUGACUUUGGCCUGGCCCGCGACAUCUACAAAGACCCUGACUACGUGCGCAAGGGCAGCGCCCGGCUGCCUCUGAAGUGGAUGGCCCCUGAGAGCAUCUUUGACAAAGUGUACACCACGCAGAGUGACGUGUGGUCCUUUGGGGUGCUGCUCUGGGAGAUCUUCUCCUUGGGGGCCUCCCCCUACCCUGGGGUGCAGAUCAACGAGGAGUUCUGUCAGCGGCUAAAAGAGGGCACGCGGAUGAGAGCCCCAGAGCUGGCCACUCCCGCCAUACGUGGCAUCAUGCUGAGCUGCUGGUCAGGAGACCCCAAAGAGAGGCCUGCGUUCUCGGAGCUGGUGGAGAUCCUGGGGGACCUGCUCCAGGGCAGGGGCCGACAAGAGGAGGAGGACUGCAUGGCUCCCUGCAGCUCUCAGAGCUUGGAAGAAGGAAGUUUCUUGCAGGCGUCCACCACGGCCCUGCACAUCACCGAGGCCGACACCGAGGACAGCCCGCCAAGCCUGCACCGGCACAGCCUGGCGGCCAGAUACUACAACUGUGUGUCCUUUCCUGGGUGCCUGGCCAGAGGGACUCAGACCCAGGGCUCCUCCAGGAUGAAAACAUUCGAAGAAUUUCCCAUGACCCCAACAACCUACAAGGCCUCCGUGGAUAACCAAACGGACAGUGGGAUGGUGCUAGCCUCCGAAGAGUUUGAGCAGCUGGAGAGCAGGUACAGACAAGAAAGCGGGCUCAGCAGCUGUAAAGGACCUGGCCGGAAUGUGGACGUGACCAGGACGCACCCUGACACCCAAGGGCGGCGGCGGAGGCCGGACCGCGGGGCACGGGGAGGCCAGGUGUUCUACAACAGCGAGUAUGGGGAGCUGGUGGGGCCACAAGAUGUGGGGGACUGCCCACCGUCUGCCCGUGCACCCUUCUUUGCAGACGACUGUUACUGAGGGCGGCCCCCAGGCAAGGCCCCCAAGACCCUGGGCUCUGACCCUUGGCACGGGUGGAGGGACGUGUCUGGAUGGUGAGCAGAGGGUAGGGGGCCCAGGCUGGGAACUCCUCUCCUUCAGCUUGGGCCAGGAGGCAUUUCCUCCUCCCUGGUUAGAAAGAAUAAAACCCAGGCUCCAAGGCUCCCCAAACUCCAUCACCACGCCUGCCCUAGGCCACCCUUUGGAUCUCCCGGGGCCUUCUUCCCUUCAGACUCAGAUUCCAUGUAGCCCAACACCCAUGGGGCCAGCCCUGAUUGCCCUGCCCACCAUGCUGGGUGGUGGCACGGUCCCCAAUUUCUGACAAGGACUCCGUAGGUCUGAGAGUCACAGGGACAGAGGUGGAGCCAGACUUGUACUGUGGUCUCCCAGGUCCCGCCCCACCGUCCCCUGCACCUAGUCCCAUGAGAAUGGCUUUCUUGCCUCUCCAAGGCUGAAGACAGAGCUUUGUACUUCCAUCUCAAACAACAAAUGAGGAAUUGGGGGGUGGGGUGUCCUCUCCUGAGCUUGCUGAACAGCUCACCCUUCCAGGGACAGGGGUCUCUGCAGCACCAAGUGUCAGGGUCACAGGGUACCUUCCCCUGGGUGUUGAGAACUACCCAACAGAACUUUUUUGUUAGAACUUCAGACUAUUUGCGCUGCUGUGAAGAAUUUACUUUUCAAAUCUUUAGUCCCAGGGGAGCCCAGGGAAGGUCUUUCUGAAUCUAGACGACUCUUGUCUCUGACCCCUAGUCAGGUGCCACACCAACAUAGCACAGGCCACCAUGGCCACCUUUUGCUGGAGGAGGGCUCCAGCCCCACCUGCCUGGCCCAAAAGUGGAAGAACCAGGUGAUAGUCCAGAGCUGUCCAGCUUGAGAAAUGCCUGGUUCUUCCCUCUGGGUCCUCCAUCUGCCACCCAAGGCACCUUCCAAGCUGUGAACGGCCUUAUGAGAAGCCAACACCGUGGGACCCACUGAGGAAGGUCUUUGGUGCUGGCCCAGAGGACCCAGCAGCAUUGCGCUAUGCCGGGAGGCUAUCAACAGACUUUUUUGUGGCCCCGGGGAGAACCCUGUGUUCUUCCCCUGGUGUGUGCCUGAUGUCGGUGCUCUGGCAGGUCAAGCCUUCACAGGGAAGUGACCAGGACCCUCUGGAGGCUGGAGCUGCUCUGCCCGGGCCCCCGCUCCCCGUUCCAGCACCCACUGCCCAGUCACCCC